UUGGGCAUUACAAUUCCCCGAGUUAUACUGAAUUUAAGAUUAUAGCAGUAUAUUUAAAUUUCAAACUUUGUAAAUGAAGGAGAUAUAAUAAAGCGUUUGCGGGAAGAACUACUAAAAUGAGGUUAGCUCAGUGUGUUUUGCUAUUCAUCUGUUUAAAAGUAAUUAAUGCAAAAAUAAACAUAGAUGUUACAACGACCGCUGACAAUGAUGUAACAGUAAAAUAUUCUGGAGUGAAUACUAAUGUGAUUACACAAAAUGAGAUCAAUAUAUUCAGGGUAAAUACAAUGAAUUUGAAUAAGGCGCUGAAGAAAUAUUACGGUGAGAAAACAAGCAAUGCGUAUUUAAAAAGUCCGACGCCAUGGGGGGAUUUGUACAAGAAGUACCACUGGGAACAAGUGAAAAAUGUGUUGUCCAUAAAAUCGGCAAGAUUGAAGAGCAUCAACAUGAAGCCAGUGGUUGUCAUGUCGCAGAACUUCGACAACUACUCAAACAAAACGAUAAAAGUGAAUACAGGUUUGAGUCAGACAGUUGAAAACACCUUUUCGACCAGCUGGUCGAAGACCACCGAAUUCACAGUCAGCCAAGAGUUAGAAUACGAUGUGAACGUGAUUUUUGCCAAAAUCACUGGAACGACCGCGUUUUCGUUUACGACUGCAUGGGGAAAGGAUGUGGAGAAGUCUGAAACUAUCACAAUUGGAACAACUACUAAUAUGGAGACGGAAUUGGCGCCAGGACAAGGGUGCACCGCGGUUUUGUCUGCGAACAGGGGGUAUUUGGAAGUUGAGGUGGUGUAUUCUGCAUUUUUGAGGGGAAAUGUGGCUGUGAACUUCAAGAAUGGAUAUAAGGGUCACCAUUUCUGGGGUCCACAAAUCAGCAAGGUCAUGGAGGCUGGUGGCUUGAGGAAUGAGAUCACGACGGUAGAGACGAUCAAGGUUGGAGUGUACGUGGACUCGUCUUUGAAAGUAUAUGACAAGGCUAGUGGGAAACCUCUUUGAAUUAUACAUCAGAGUCUC